AUACAAUGGCGUUUGUCGCCGAAAUUGUAUUUUGACUGAUGAAAAUUAACAACUAAUAUUUUAAAUUACUUACGUUAUAACAGGACAUUUUUCCAACGGUUGUGCAAAAACAACACAUAGUUGUUUAAGUGAUACGUCACGAGGGCUUCGUGAACAUGUGAUAAGUUGGUGUCUAGUGUAAUUAUUGUAAAACGCCCUUAUCGAUUUUUCCUGUUAGGUGUAGCGAGACGUGCUCGGCAUGUUCUAGCUCUUGCCGAACCAUUUCAAAUCGUGAAAACUCUUUUUUAAAGUCACCAAAUUGUGUUCACCGCGAAUUAGCGACACUCAAGGCUUUAUUCCGCGGGUGACAUUGCAAAUUUAAUCCGUAUUUUGACGUCGUUGUAGUGCUCGCUAGUGGUUGCAAAAAUCCGUGGUGACUCACGAAAUGCUGAGAAGGAACUCUAAUCAUUCCUCUGCAAAUAACACCAAGUUGCAAAACGAUUUCAUACAAAUCCGUUUAACGUCGGAUCUCUUGCGAUGACUUCGUAAAAAUUCUCAACAUCCACGUUUCCGAAGGCUAAAAUCUAAUGUAAUUUCGGCCUCUGGUUCUUGCCCCCUUACAAAUUUUUCGUGAAAAUGGUCUCCAGAUACGUAACCAACGGCCCCGUAAAGCAAGAGGGGAUCUGCCUGCUGCCGCCUACACACUACAGGAUGAUGCCACCGCAGAGAGCUGACGGGUUCCCGGUGUCGACGCCUGCGGGAUAUGUUCCACAGCCGAACCAGGGGGCCAACCAGGGCCCUAGCAUGAGGGGCAUCGCGCCCAACGCCAUACCACCGAAUCAGGCCUCCACCCCGCCGAACGCGGACAUCAAGGUCCAGACGAUAUCCCAGCCGCCCUCAAUGAGUCCUAUGUUUGUUCAGCCGCAAGUCAGAUCGAGUCAGGGUACCUAUUUUCCUAGAACGGCUGGACCAUCGAGUCAAACACAUAGAAUGCCUAAUCACAAUAACAGGCCCCCUCAAAUGUACGGAGCAGCGCAGACCCAGUGUGUACCACUCCCUACCAUGUACAUACCGCAGACGAACGCUGUGCAGUUCUACGCCACCCAACGGCCAAAUUUUGUUCCACCGUCGAUUCCUAUGUACCCCAAUCAACACCUGCAGUCUUUCCAGUAUAGUACAACGCCUAUCCAACCAGCUAUUAAUUAUUACUACAAUCAACAGAUGUUGCCCCCCAGGACGGGCCCUAUUCCUCAGACCCAAUCCGCCACCCCCAACCCGACGCAGGCAGCCAUCCCGAACGUGUCGAUGGUUCCCAACACUCCCCAGCACCAACCCUUCCAGAGACACCAGAAUAAGCGGCGGCCUAAUGCAAUAGCCGUAAUAGAUCCUAAUACAGGAACAGACAGAUUGAACGAGAUAUACGAACAGAGCAGCUCGCACCCGCCCUCGGGUGAAUCCUCCGCCAGGCAGACGCCCCAGCCCACCCCGCAGAGCCACAACAAGGAGGUGCAGGCCGCCUUCGCCAAGCAGGUGAUGCAGGCCAUCAACACCGACAACGAGAGCGUCCACAUAGACGAGCUGUCGAACCACCAGGAGCCCGCCGGGGACCACAUAGAGCAACUCACCUACCAACCACCCCUACAACAGGCUGUGCAAAGUUCCAAUGCUAGAUUAGAUAAUAUCGUGCAAACUAGUAAUUUAAAGGUACAGGCGAAAGAAUUCGUUCUGCCCAAUUCUGCCAAAGAGACACCGAUCGUGUCGGCGAACUGUGAUGCCGUGGAGGUAACAUUACCCAACAAGUCUCCCAAGGACAGGGAGAGCCCCGUGAAGAGCCGCAAGCAGAGGGAGCAGGCCGUGAAGGAACACAAAGAGUCGGCGAAGGAGCAGCACGUCCCUAGCAAGGAGGUCGACAAACAGCCUGUCGUCUCCAAAGAGUCGGAGGCGAAACCGAAAGAUGUGGCUAUCCCGAUGGCUGCAACGAACCUCCCGCAGGCACCGCCACCCAUCAAGGAGGCCACGAACCAGGAGAAGAAGAGCCAGAAGAAGGAGAGUAAGGUGGAACCGAAGGCGCCUGCUGCUGAUUCCUGCGAGAGCGCCCCUUCGGUGCCCCUGCCCGUUUCGUCCCCUGUGCCUCCAGAUGCGUCGAAUAAUGCUAAAUCAAAACAGAAUGUGCAGCGAGUUGCCCAGAAACAGGGUCUUCCCCAAAACAACAAUCAGAAACCAGCUCUGACCGUAGUACCUCAACCGCAACCGGCGAAGGCGAACAACAAGUCCCACAAGAAGAACGAGCUCAACAUGAAGGGGGCGAACAAGGAGGGCACCGACAUGGACGCCUUCAACGACAAUACCGCCGAGAAGGAGGAAGUCAACGCCAACGUCAACUCGAACUACAUCAAUAACGACAUCGUCAAUGCCAAUUCCAUAACCAACAACGCGGCCGUCGCCGCCAAGGACGUCAGCGUCGACGGUGAAUCAAACAAUAAGAAAAUCGAAAGCAAUGAUACACCGACAAUCAAAACGGAACCCGUUAAACCUCUGAAGACUAAAAUAGAUAUCACCGAUAUUGUUAGGGAGAAACCGAAACCGAUCAAACCGUUCACUCCGGUCGAGAGCCACGAUGAGACUGAUAGGUCAGCGACCUUAACGGAUAAAUUGGUGCAGGCGAAGAACGAGGCUAACACCAAGGUCAGCGAGAAUAAUGGGAACGAGAAGUCGCUCUAUAAAGAAGGUCAAUUUUCUCCCUCCAACCCCGACGGAAAGAGGGUUUAUCACAAAGAACUGUUGAUGGCCCUUAGAGAGUUGCCGGCGAGUAGGAUAAAGCCCGAUAAUAUCCCGGAUUCUGUCUUAGCCGACAACAGAGGGCGUCUUAGUGAUGGAAGAGCGUCUAUGGGUGGUAGAACUGACUUCAUGAACCCACCGUUCACCAAUUACGGCGGAAAGUCCAGUACUCAGAGAGGGGCACCUCCGAAACGUAACAGCCAAGGGAAGAUGGGAGGCAGCGGUCAGAAAUCGGCCAGGCCCACUGUGACUUUGUCCAUUUCCUUGAGGGAGGAGGUGAAAUUGCACGAGACAGAGAACGCGUGGCGUCCGGCUCGUCUCCACAAAGGCGAGGCCCCCCCGACGGACGACGACAGAAGGACCGAGGAUCUGUACAAGAAGGUCAGGGGUGUGCUGAACAAGCUGACCCCCCAGAAAUUCGAGACCCUCCUCUCGCAGAUCAAGUCCCUGCACAUAGAAACCGUCGAGAGGCUACAGGGCGUCAUAGAUUUAGUGUUCGAAAAGGCUGUGGACGAACCGAACUUCUCGAUUGCAUACGCGCUUAUGUGCAAGGAGCUCGCGCUGAUGCAGGUGCCAACUAUUCACAACACGGAGGAGAAUCCGGACUUUGUUAAUUUUCGCAAGUUGCUCAUCACCAGAUGUCAGGUGGAAUUCGAAAAGCAGUCCAUAGACGAGAGCGUAAGGAACGAGAAAGUCAAGGAGAUUGAGGAGUGCACGGAUCCCGAGAAGAAGAAGGAUCUUCAGUUCGAUUUGGAAGAGUACGAUAGGCGCUUGCGAAUGAAGUCCGUAGGAAAUAUUAGAUUUAUAGGGGAGCUGUUCAAGCAGAACAUGCUGACGGUCAACAUCAUGAUGCGGUGCCUGGCCAACCUCCUCGAUAACAAGGACGAGGAGAGCCUCGAGUGUCUCUGCAAGCUCCUGACGACGGUGGGCAAGGAGCUCGAGUCCAAGUCCAACGUCAACCUAUCCCAGAUCUUCAACACCAUGAAGAACAUAGUCGAGAAGAAGGACGGCAAGGUCAGCAGCAGGAUCAGGUUCAUGUUGCAGGACGUGAUCGACCUGAGGAACUCGAAGUGGGUGCCUCGCCGGCAGGAUUUGAAUCCCAAGACGAUCGAGCAGAUCCAGAAGGAGGCCGAUAACGAGCAGCUGAACAUCCAGUUGAUGAAUUCUGUUCCGAUGACGCCCAGGAAGGAAGACCGGGUGGGGUCCGGGCCCAAUUCCGAUAGGAAAGCCGGCAGGGGGGGACGCAACGUCUCGUCCGACGACGGCUGGAUUGUCAACACCACCAACAGGAAUCGUACCACCCAGUUCACUGUUCAGAGCGACAAGCUGAAGAGCAAAGCGCCCCUAAUCGACGAACCUUUGGGCUCUAGUCAGUUGUUCGGCAGCUGGGGCAAGGGUUCGGUAGGCUCUAACAUUAAAUCUCAACCCCCAUCCUUAGGUGCCAACACUGCCAACAUGUACGCCGCCUUGGAGAACAUGAACCUGGACGAUAAGCGGCCCAUAAGUAAGUACACCUCUCGACCCGGCAACAAGGACCCCUACAGUUCAAAGGGUCCCAGCAUGGAGAGGAGUUACGCGAAAUUCGACGGCAGGGGCUCGAGGUCGGGAUCGCAGCACAGGUCGAACGACAGCUCGGCGUCCUCCUCGCAACGCAGCACGCCUGCUCCCGUUAUGCCCCCGACGGCCCCGCCGAAACUGCAACCGGCUCAGCCGGCGCCGGCGCAGCAGAUGACGGAGGAACAGAUGGAGAGGAGGAUCAACAACUGCUUGGACGAGUACGUGACGGGCAGUUCCUCCGUCGACGAUUACUUCUUGGAUAUCAGCCCCGUUAUUCCUCCCUCGUAUUUCCCAAGGAUGAUAGAGGACAGUUACCUGCGUGUGUUGGAAAAGAGCCAACAGGCCAGGUUGAAAACGGGCAGUCUGUUCGCCCAGUUGGUGAAACGCGGCAGGAUCCAGCUGGAGGAUUACUGCGCUGGCCUGGAAGGCAUCCUGUCUCAGGCGGAUGACCUCAAAAUCGAUAUCCCGAAGAUUUGGGACUACUUAGCCGAAAUUUUAGUCGAUUUAAUUUGCGAGGAGGUUCUGCCUCUCGGCAGACUGUACAAGUCUUUCAAAGUCCUCAUCAGCCAAGAGCACGCCGCGAGGGUGCUGGCGCCGCUCUUCAAACAAGUCGUAAGCGAGAAAGGACCCAACUUCAUGCAUAGCAUCUGGCACGCGUCCGGACUCCAGUUGACCGACUUUAUGCCCUCUUCCCAAGUCGACAGCUUCGUCAAAGACAAUCAAUUUGAAUUCUUGGUUGGUGGCGGCGCUCCCGUCGGCCAGAACCAGCUGAGCUACGAGCAGAUUCAGAUGAAAUUGCUGGACUUCCUCAAGGCCAAGAAGCCGCUCGACGAUAUCGUCAGUUGGAUAACGGCCAACGUGGGAGGAAGGGUGAAGGAGAACCAAUUCAUAAAGGCGCUGGCAACUGCGAUAUUCAGGGAUUCCAUAAACAGCCACUUGAAGUUGGUGCCCGAGACGUUGUCGGCCCACAAUAACUUGCUGCUGAAGUACGUCGACAACAAUUCGACGUACGAGCUGCAGUGUCUGUACGCUCUCCAGGCUCUCAUUCACAAACUGGAGCACCCUCAAGGUCUUUUGCUUUCCAUAUGUGAUAAAUUGUACGAGUUGGGGACCUUCUCGCAGGAGAGCUUCAUUGCCUGGGAGAACAGCUCCGACCCCGCCGAACAGGAGGGCAAAGGGGUGGCCCUGAAACAACUGACUUGCUUCUUCACCCAGCUGAAGGAGAACGACGAGGAGGACUACGGAUCCUCGACGUCGGACGAAGCCUAGCAGUUGGUAGCGCCGCCAGUGAUGUUGGCGUCUACAUAGACCUAAUAAAUUUUCCGGACAAUUAAGUGAAUUGAGUGGUGACGAACCGCCGCAGACUCUAGUAAAAAAAUUUAUACAAUUGUUUAUAUUAUAUAUAUUAUACAUAUUUAAUUAUAUACUAUAAAAGCGUUGUGAGAAGCAGCAGGAUGGAAGAACGAACGCGAGUGCCGAAUAAAGACUUUGUAAAAGGAUCAAGUGCCCUCCGUCGAAUUCGGAUUGAAGGACUCAAAAAAUUAUAAAAUUCAUUUAAUUAAGUGAUUAUUACAUUAAAUUAAAUUAAUAGACUCUGCAAAUGCUCAUGAGGAUUUAAAAAUGCGUAGGCGGGCUCAGCGGGCCGCGCGGGUCACUUUUAUACUUAUUAUUAUUGUCUUUAUUUAUAUUAUAUUAUAUAUUUUAUAUUAUUUAAUUACUUUUUAUUGUUUAUAGUGACGUGUCUUUGUUUUAAUGAGUAAAUAUGGAAUAUCAGGUUGGGCGGUGCGCGUCUGCUGGGCCCGGGAAGGCGUGGAGUAUAUUUUAAACAGCACGAUUGUGAGUCGUCGAGAACGGUCCCCGUGAUGUUUUUUUCUUUUUUUUUUGUUAUAAAUGAAUUUGUUAAAAUCAUGAUUUCUUACUGUUAAGUUACAUGUAGGUAUAAUUGUUCUGUAUAAUAAAUAUGCAGCUGCACACUUCAGUUUUAGAUUUACUUUUCCGUUGGUUGAUUUCGAACAAAUCUGAAACUGCUUUGAGCGACUGUUGCUAGUCAGAAGUAAUUCGAUUCGAAAUAUUGUAUAUAUUUUUUUUUAAACAUAUACAGUAUUUUUCUGACUGAUGAUUUGUACAUAGACUUCCUCCAAAAUAAAUGCGUUUAAACGAAGAUUUUUAUAAGUUCUAUCCGUGUACAUUAGUUAAAGCUGUAGAUAUAUUAUUAGUUAAAUGGAUUAUGGAUAUGAGGAAUAGGCCGUUUAAAUAUUGUUGAUGAGAAUCUGUGAAUCCCACUUCUGAUUAUGGAGUUUUAUCUGAACGAAACAACUUACUGUUUAUCGAAUCCAGCAAUUUUUAUAUAUGAGAAUCAUCAGAUGUACAAUAAAGGCAGAAAACAGA